AUGGCAACUCCCGAACGGCACAUCUACAUCGACGAAGAUGUCGGCAAAGACGACUCUUCUGCCAAUGGUACCGAAGCCGCUCCCUACAAAUCCCUCCUUCAUGCCAUGCUGCAACAUGCUCCAACCACCGAAGGAAUCAGCUACCUGAUUCGCAAAUCGGUCACCGGUCCCGUCGAAGAGGGCAACGAAGCUGCGCGUCUCGAGUGGAAAGCACCAUCUGCCUCGGCAGUCAAGAAGUCAACCCGAUUGUACGAAGGAGCACAGAAGAAGGCAGCCAAGGCACAAGAAAUUGCGAUUCGCGAAAAAGCAGAGAAUGAGAAGCGUCAGGUCGUGCUCGAGGAGGCUAAGAAGGUGGUCAUCAAAGAGGACGCCUCUCUACCCAAGCCAGUGCGCAUCCGACUCGACGUCACAGACCCUGCAAUUGUCAAACUGCGCACUCCAGAAUCAGACGAGCCGGGAACCCGAGUUCGCGUGCUCGGUCGCGUUCAUCGUCUGCGCUCACAAAAGGAUGUCAUUUUCAUUACUCUUACUGAUGGAUACGGAUACCUCCAGUGUAUUAUUACUGGAGAUAUGGUCAAGACAUACGAUAUGAUGACCUUGACUUUGGAGACUUCUAUUGCCAUUCACGGAGAAAUGCGCGCCGUGCCUCCCAAGCAGCACGCUCCCAACGACCGAGAAUUGCACGCCGACUUUUUCACAAUCAUCGGCAAGGCAGCUGGUGACAAGGAAGCUAUCACCAGCCGUGUGGCACCCGAUGCCGAUCCUCAGACACUCUACGACAACCGACACUUGGUUCUCCGCGGGGAGACCUCAUCAUCAGUGAUGAAAGUGCGCGCAGCAACUUUGAGGGCCUUUAGGAAAACUUUUGAAGCGACUAGAAUGUUGGAAGUCACUCCUCCCUCGAUGGUGCAGACACAGGUUGAAGGUGGUAGCACACUAUUCUCGUUCGACUACUACGGCGAACCUGCAUACUUGACACAAUCUUCGCAACUAUACCUCGAGACAUGUCUGGCUUCCCUUGGUGAUGUUUUCUGUAUCUGCCCAUCCUUCCGAGCGGAGAAGUCACUUACCCGUCGUCAUUUGUCCGAGUACACCCACAUCGAAGCCGAGCUCGAUUUCAUCACGUUUGACGAUCUCCUCGAGCAUUUGGAAGAAGUCAUCUCCCGAGUUAUCCAAGAACUACUCGCAGACGAACAAUCUGCCAAACUCAUCAAGGAACUCAACCCAGAUUUCAAAGUUCCCUCCCGCCCAUUCAGACGCAUGCGAUACUCCGACGCAAUUGACUGGUUGCGCGAACACGACAUCCCCAACGAAGAGGGCCAACCGCAUCAAUUCGGUGACGACAUUGCAGAAGCCGCCGAACGUAAGAUGACCGAUAUCAUCAACCAGCCGAUUUUCCUUACCCACUUCCCCGCCGAGAUCAAGGCAUUUUACAUGAAGAAGGACCCCCAGGAUCCUCGGGUUACCGAGAGUGUUGACGUGCUCAUGCCCGGUGUUGGUGAAAUCGUAGGAGGAAGCUGCCGUAUCGACGACUGGGAGGAAUUGAUUGCCGCUUAUAAGCGAGAGGAGAUGGACCCGUCGCCAUACUACUGGUACACCGAUCAGCGAAAGUACGGAUCAUCGCCUCACGGAGGUUACGGAUUGGGACUUGAGCGUUUCCUGGCCUGGAUUUGCGGCCGCUACACCGUCCGUGAAUGCUGCUUGUACCCGCGCUUCACGGGCCGAUGCACGCCAUAG